GGUAACCCUGAUUUUCAAUUCAGGCCAAUAGGAAAGGUGAGUUUAGUCUAAGAUUCUUGUAACUAACGUACGUUUAUUACCGGUGUUUACGAAAUUGAAAAGUGUCAAAAUUAUGUUUUAUCGUUACUUUCCGUUUAUUUACUAUGCAUCUGUUUGAGGAUUAAUAACUUCUAAAUGACAGAAGAGAAGUACCGAUUUUUGGUGGAAUGGUUCGACCCAACGGUAAAAGUGAAAAGGCAAUUUUUAUUAGGGUACUUUCCAUCUGAUGGUAGCGUCGAUAUGUACGAUGUGGUUUCUAAACGCCUAUUUCUUCACAAAAUGCGCUGUGACAGUGUGAAAUUAUCUGAUUUAUUCAUCGGGAGCAUAAUCAACGUACUUUCGAGACAACUAUGCAUAAUUAAUUUCGGUGACAAAAGGACUGCUGAAAAAUUUGCCAGAGAUAUCGAAAGUUCAAUUAUUAUUGUAAAUGCAUCCGGUUUCAUUAAACUUGGUCAAAUAAUAUCAGUCUUAGAAGAAAAUAAUCUUCUUUUAAGUCACGGGAAAAUGAUCGAGAAAGAAAAAAGUGGUUUUAAUUCCAGCUCUCUUUCAGAGAAAUUAGCGGAAAAGUUUCUUGUAUUGGAAGUUAGAGGUGAAAGUGCCAUUAAUAUUGUUAGGAAGCUGCUAUUUCCUGAUGCCCCUAUUGAGAAACCUAUCAAAACAGAUUUAGGUAGUCUUCGUGAACACUGUAUUGGGCCAAGUGAUGAAAAUAUUGCUAAACGGGAAGUAAAGUUAUUUUUUCCAUCUUCAAAUGAAAUUCAUUGCAACACUGCUCUUUUUAGAAAUUCCACUUGUUGUAUCAUAAAACCACAUGCAGUGAGGGAAAAAAUUGUUGGCAAAAUAUUACAAGAUAUUAUUGAGGCAGGUUUUAAAAUUUCAGCAUUUGAAGUGAUUACUUUCAAUUUGUGUACUUCUUCUGAAUUUUUAGACGUAUAUAAAGGUGUUGUGUCCGAGUACAGAGAAAUGGUAGAACAACUUAUGACCGGACCCUGUAUAGCCCUCGAGAUUAAUGCACCGCUAAAAGAAAAUGUAGCUAAAGAAUUUCGAACUUUUGUUGGACCUUCAGAUCCCAAAAUAGCUAGAAAAUUAAGACCUGGAACACUCAGAGCUAAGUAUGGACAAGAUAAAGUAAAAAAUGCAGUACACUGCACAGAUUUAGUUGAAGAUACAUUACUCGAAUUAGAAUAUGUAUUUAAAAUUUUACCUGCAUAAUAGGUCUGAUAUUUGUGAAAAUUACAAAAACGAGAAAAAAAAGUUUAAUUUAUUAUAUGUAUAUUUUGUAUAAAAAAAGGCUGAUAAGUAUAUGUGAUUAAUUUUUAUGAGUUCUUGCUAAUUUUAAUUUUUUGUGGAAUUUAAAUUAAAAUAAUUGAAUGAAAUUGGGUGAUUUUUUUAAAUUAAUCAAAUGAUCACUUUUAUUCUUUUAAUUACAACAUUGUAUUUUUGCUAUAUUUUUUGGCACUUUUUUUACAAAUGGAAAUCAAGGUGAGAAUUCAAAAAUAUGUGAAUUUUUUAAAGAAACUAUGCUGGUAUUUGUUCUUACGAGGUACCUGCUUAACAGAAUGAGUCAUGAUUUUAAAAAUCAAUUUCUGUGUGACCAUUUUUUGUUAGAUUUGGUUAUCCUAAUGAUAAUAAUAAAAUGGUCGAUUGUUAAUACUUAUAAUAAUUAAACAUAAACUUUAUAACCAUAACUAAAUAUAAGUAAUUAAUGUGCUGUUAGCAGUAUUAAAUCAAAUAAUACUUCUAAUAACUAAAGAUAAAUUUUAGUACUUAUCAUAAUUAAAUAUAAAUGAUAUAAUUGUUUGCAGUACCUAAUCAAAAUGUUAAAUGAAUUCUUGUCCAGAUCAGUGCAUAGGUAGGAUGGGGCAAAGGAGAAUACCUGUUCCCAGGUGCCAAAUUGAUGUUAUAAAAUUUUAGAAUGAAAAGUUUUUUAUUCUCGGCAUACAGAAGGGCACACAAAAUAUUCAGUUGUCCCCGGCUGCUGAAAAACGUAGCUGCAGGUCUGCUCCAGAUUUGUAAAUACAGUCAAAAGUCGUUAAUCCGGACUCGUCGGGACUUCGGCGAUUCCGGAUUAUCGAUUUUUCCGGAUUAUAGAUCAUCAGUUUAAAU